AGCGAGGGGACGGCUUAUAUAUACCCUUGGGGUAUUGGCAUGCUGUGAGAGGCACUGGACCUGGUAUCAAUGUUUCGGCCAACUGGUGGUUCAGUGCAGCCCGCAGCUUAGCUCUUUCCCCUUCACAAAAUCAAGGAGGAAGGGCACAUCGUUCUUCCCUGUAUCAAUCAAUGGCAAAUCAAUGCUUUAUUGACGAAUGUCCUUUCGACUCUACUGUUCCAUUCCCACGAUCUGACCUGAUAUCGUCAGUAUGGAGUUCGUUUUGAGAUGCAAUGAUCUCAACUGCCGCGCACAACUUCACGACCGCGCGGUAGUCACUACUUGCUCUCAUGUCUUUUGUUCGCCAUGCGCAGACGGUUCAGGCCUCUCAAGGACUGCCAGCGCCAAUAGGCAAUGCCCGGCAUGUGGAACACACCUCAGUAAUCCAGACGACGUCGUUUUCACAGCUCUAAACCCAUCCGAGGACUACAAGACCAGUAUUCUGAGUGGGCUAGCGCCAAGUGUGAUAUUCGAAUGUGCUAGUCGCGGACUUCAGUUUCACAGUUAUCAAACUUCUCAAGAAAUCAUUUACCAAGAACAUCUUGCCAAGAACCUUACAGACAACUAUGCCAAUCUCAAUCAGCAGAUGGAUCAAUUGAUUCAUGAUGCCAAUGCUCAGAUCAAGUUGUUGCAAGACAAGCUCGUGGCAAUGCAAGCAGAACAAUCAUCCUUGGAGGAUAAAAACCAUGAGUUGAUAAAAGCGUAUCGAGAGAAAAAUCAAAGCCUGCAACAAGUUCAAAAGUUAUAUCAGUCACUCAAAGCGCAGGUCAUGGCUUCUCACGUCGCUCAUGCUGCAGGUGAUGAAGCAAACUUCGCCGUCCGGAGCGCCCGUGGUGAUCGUUUUAUUAGUAAGAUACCGGGCGCGCGUAUCUCUACAGAAGAUGGCAACCGGUCCGGAGUCGAGAAUCAGCGAAAUGGAGGCGCCAUGCACAUCCGGAGCAGAAGUGGGAGUUCUGGCAAUGGAGGCCAGCAGGGACGAGGUGGUGGCAUAGGUUUGAGCCCAGCAUGGAAACCCAAUUCUCACAUCGGUCUGGGCAAUAGAGCAGGUACUGGUGGCAAUCCAGCUGUAGAUUUCAACUCACCUCAGUCCCUAUCACGUAGCCGGCUGCCGGUCUUGGGUGGUACCCGUGCCAAUGCUCUGUUGGCUUCUGAUGGACCGUACAAUGCGUCACCCGGCACCAGAAAUAUUUUGACCGGAUCAGCCCGCAACUUGGGCACAUUUGGGUUCGGGUUAAAGGCACCCAAGAGAGCAAGUGGUACCUCAGGCAGAUGAGGUAGCAACACAUGUGAACGGUGGGCAUCCGUCAGGCUGAUAACAUGAACUAUAUCUUCGAAAGAUGUCAUCAUUUGAUUGGCAAUCAAUCCUGACGUAGCACAUGGUGCAUGCGGUCCGUAUUAUACCGGAGAGGGACAAAAUUUGUACGACGCUGACGGCAGUUGGCAAGCACAGGGAAUGUAUGCGUGUGAUCUUAUGGCAGAAAUUGUAUACUCGUGGUAAAAAGCUUAUUCUAACUUCACUAUCUUAUUGAGGUGGAGCGGAAAAAUUCUAUGACUUUGUUCUUCU